AUCCCGUACCUCUGGUUCAGCCGCGCCAUACAAUUUUUUCUGCAAAGCCCAGAACCACUGCUGCCCCGGCUACAAUUGUACAGCCACUAUCAGCUGGCUACUUGUCGGAGCCCAGAACCACUGUUGCCCCAGCUCCAAGCCAGCCAAAUGCAGUGGACUGCAUGUCAGAGCCUAGUACAAGCUGCACACAAGUGCAGAGCACUGCAAGGGCUUCGACACCAGAGCCAGCGCUAGAAGAUGGCUUCAUCAGCGAGAUGCCAGGCAUGGUGCCAAAUGACUUCGCUGACAUUGACCUGUUCGCUGAAGAAGAGGCCGUCGAUGUGGUAAUCGGAUCCUCAAGAGAUGAUGGAAAGAUGUAUGCUGGAUCCGGGAAGUGGAUUGACAAGGCAGCAUGGGGGACACUGUUCCGGGCGUCGGGCGACUCCAUGUUUUGUCGCAUGGCUUCAACUAUUUACUGGACGCCUAAUGAACUCCGGAACAGAAGUGUCACCGGAACCUUGUCAAACAAGUCGCGGUCCAUGGGAAGGACGGAGGCCAGACAAGCUGUAACACCAGAGAAGCUGUCAUCCUUGAAAAGCCUCCUCCGGAUCUUCAUGGGCAGCGAUGUGACGCCAGAAGACGAGAAAAAAAGAAUGAAGAGUGUACGCAGGCACCUGGCGCAAAAACUUGCUGAUGCACAAAGGAAGUAGUGCCGCUGAUACAGCUACAAAGCCUGUCCCAAAAGUUUGUGCAGUUCAUGCCACCACAC